AUGAUGAGAUAACUGAGAGAAUCUUCUCCGGUGCAAGCGCGGAGAUUUGUUUAUCUCUUUUACGAAAGAAGUUAGACCAGAAAAAAGAUACGAAGUUUGUCAGCUCCUUAUGAAGCCGAGCAGUCAAGUCGCUGAGAUGGAUUUAAAGGUCACGCCUCUGUCGACUGAGGAUACAAAUGACCCAGAUGCGGCUGCCGCCAAGACCAAGAAACCCAGGAAAAGGAUGAAAGAAAUGAGGAAGAAAAUCCAGUCUCAGAUGGAGUUUUACUUCAGUGACUCAAAUCUACAGAAGGACAGAUUCUUGAAGAAAGAGAUUGGAAAGACUGAGGAUGGAUAUAUAGAUAUAUCUAUAUUCCUAAAGUUCAACAAGAUUCGUCAGCUAACAGAUGACAUCAAGACAAUAGCCAGGUCUUUAAAGAAAUCCAAACUGUUGGAGGUGAAUAGCGAUGAAACAAAGGUCAAGAGAAUUCAACCUGUUCAGAGUGUUCCUGACGUGGAUGACAGAACCGUCUAUGUUGAGAACCUGCCCCGUACUACCGACCAUGAGUGGGUAAGGAGUCUGUUCUCACAGUGUGGCAGUGUACAGUAUGUCAGUCUGCCAAGGUUCAAGAGUACCGGAGAUCUCAAGGGAUUUGGCUUUGUUGAGUUUGCCUCUAAAGAAGAGGCUACCAAAGCUUGUGAGAUGUUGCACAACCCACCUCCGAUGUCAGGCAAGGCCGGAAGAUUCCCCAAGUGGAACAAGAUGCUGUACCAGCUCAAGAAGAAAUCCGGACAAGACUCUCACGAAGACAUGGAGACCACUGAGAAGUCGAAGGAGAACGAUGAACCCGUACAGAAGCAGUGUAAAAAGCACAAGAAGCGGCGACGACACACUAGCGAGAGCAGCGUUGAUUGCUCCUCUGAUUCAGUCCCGGCCAAGAAGAGGAAGACGGAGUCAAGUGAUGGCAGAGAAGAGCCUGAGAGGAAGAAGGAGGUCUGUAAGGACUUGGGUAAAGCUUCAUGUGCUAAGGAACAAGGUAAACUGGAUGAGUCAGUGUCAGAUGGGCUCAAAUCAGAGGAAGAUGACAGAAAAGAAGGAAAGAAGAAGAAAAAGAGGAGGAAGCAGAGACUUUCUGAUUCAAAUAAAUCUCUUGAAGAAGAUUCAGAGCACACAGACUCCUCUUUUGUGGAGAAGGACAAGUCUGAAAGGGGAAAACGUAAACGAACAUCGGACAGUCGAGAGAGUGGUGAGUUUUCAGCUCCGCAAGCUAAGGCGUCAAAACCAGAUGAUUCUGGGGUUGAUGUAGAGACAGGUGAUGUUAAUAAAAAUAAGAAGAGAACUCGAAGGAAGACAAAGAAGAAGAAGAACAAAGAGAAGGAUAUCCCACCACCACAGCUCAAGGUCAUCACCAAGCAGGAGUGGCUCAAACUGAGAGAGGAGUACCUGAGUCAACAGAAGGCCAACAUGGCCGCCCUCAAACAGUCGCUACGGAAACAGCGGCAGGAGAGAGAGGGACAACAGAAUAAGAUAGAGGAAGGAGGUGCCACUAAAGGUGCAGCCCGGCCAGACAUACAGUAUGUCCCUGGGGUCAUAGUGCAGGUCACCUGUAGUGACCCCAUGAACAGAAGGGCGCUGAAGGAAAAGUUGCCCAGGGAAGUUGGUGUUGCCUACUUCGACAUAAAAGAUAAUGCCUUGUCUGGCAACAUCCGCUGUAAUGAUGAGGAGAGUGCAAGGAAGAUCUCAGAGUUCCUUCUAGAAAACCAUACUUUCAACUUGCUUACUGGAGACAGUGAGAAAAAUUACUGGGAUAAGCUAAAGGCAGACAGAGAGGACAAAUUCAGUAACAAGACAAGGACAAAGAAAAGAGGAACACAGAAGCUGAUUGAGAAGGCUCACAAGCACAAUGCCGAGGUGAUCGAGAGGAACAAGCACAUUGUGUUUGAAGACUGAUGCAAGGCUGAGUGAUGGAGUGUGACAGGAGCGUGACUGAGUGACUGAAACCAAACCUUUAGAAAUAAAUACUGUUCAAUUCC